AUGUGGCGUGCAUUCCCGCACGUGUUGUUGAUCGACGCGACCUACAAAACAAACAUCUACAACAUGCCAUUUGUCCAGGUUGUGGGUUUGAUGUCGUCCAACAAGUCUUUUUGUAUCGCACAUGCCGUUAUUUGUAGAGAACGAAGGGAUAACUUCGUGUGGGUGCUUGAGUGGAUCAAGUCAAUGUUGCAUGAAUGGGUCUUUAAUUAUGUCUACGAAAACUGGCUCAAAGACUAUAAAGAAAUGUUCGUUUGUGCGUGGACCAAUAAGUGUCGCAACUUUGGUCAGCGCACCACCAACAGAGUUGCGAGCCAACACGCAAAUUUAAAAAGAUACGUUACCCGCGAGAGUUCAUUGGAGCGAAUAGCAAGAUGCGUCAUUGAUAUAGUUGAAACUCAGUACGGCGAAAUACAAAAAAGUUUCACCGACAGCAUCGAAAAAACGAUGAACCACUACAGACACCCAUUGUUGGAUAACCUACGUGGAAAGGUUUCCCAUACAUCACUUGAUUUGCUGGAAGGAGAGCUAAAGAGGAAGCUGGAGGUGUUGUUGAAACUUAACGCAUCAUGUGGUUGCCAUAUGUGGCUUGGCUGUGGGUUGCCGUGUGCUUGUAGGCUGGAAAACUACAAACGGCGUAAGAUACAACUCGACGACGUAGAUGUAUUCUGGCGUAAGCUUGACUUACUACCGUGUAAACUGGUAGAUGAGGAAGUCAAUGUUGUAGCAGAGCUCAAUAAUGUGCGGCAACAAUUAGAGUCGCACUCCCCCGAUAAGAAAAAAAGUUUGCUUUCAAAGAUAAAAGCGAUCUUAACCCCGAAAUCGUCAACUAAGAAGCCACCGAUCAUCCAGCAAAAUACUCGCGGUUGGCCUACAUCAAAGAAAGUACAAGAAAGGCUAGAUGAAGCUGCGAGGUUAGACGAAGCUGCGAGAAACAGCUCUUGUGGCGAGCACAGCAACGUAUAUACCGCUUCCCCAAAACAUAGGUACGAUUUACCACGACACAGCUCAUACGUACCGUUAGAGGGCUCUCAUGGAACUGGUUCGGUUGUAAAGUCUGAAAAACCUAAAAUGCAACAAAACCGUUCAACAAGUUCUAAAAAGAAGGAGACGCGGGAUGAUCAUGGUUUUCCAUUAAUGAAGGGGAAUGAGCACUUGUUAACCAUUAUGAGGUUUAAGGAUCAAAUUCCAUCAGAGUUUCACUCUUACAUAUCGCGUAUACAAGAUGUGACCCCAGACGGUCAUUGUGGGUACAAGUCUGUGGCUGUCGGGUUAGGUUUUGGGGAAUACAUAUGGCCUCGUAUUUGA